AUGGAGAGAGCCAGGCUCACGCCGUUCCCGCCAAGGGAGCAGGCCACGACCAGGAUAUGCAAGGUGUCGAGCUUUGCUACAGAAUUGCUCGAGAUAAGGUCCAAGGAGCCGUCUCUCCACGUGCUGCUUAUUCCUGGGAAUCCAGGCAUAGCUGCGUUUUAUAAGGACUUUGUCGAAGCGCUCUAUGAAAACCUCGGUGGCCAAGCAUCUGUUACAGCAAUAGGGCACAUUUCACAUAGCCAGAAGGACUGUGAGCAUGGACGAUUGUUUUCAUUGUAUGAACAAAUUGACCACAAGGUUGAUUUCAUUGAGCAAGAGCUUCAGCAUUCUGAACAACCAAUAGUUUUGGUUGGUCAUUCAAUUGGCGCAUACAUAGGCCUGGAAGUCUUCAAAAGAUUUCAGAAUAAGAUAAUUUGUUUUGUAGGACUGUAUCCAUUUUUAAAGAUGAACAAGAGUUCUGUAACACAAUCAGCAAUUGGAUAUAUGGCAAGGUCAUCACUCCUAAGUAAAUGGGUUAGUUUAUCUGCAUCUUUCAUCGGGUCACUCCGACCUUCAAUUACAAGGGGCAUUGUGAGAAGGUUCCUUGGACCUUCAUGGUCUGUAACAGCUGUUGAUGCUGUAUGCUGCCAUCUCUUAAGGUACAAUACAGUGCGCAAUGUUCUUUUCAUGGCAAUGACAGAGUUCCAAAAGCUUACUGAAGAACCAGACUGGACUUUCAUCAGAGCACAAGAGGAGAAAAUGGCCUUUUUGUUUGGUGUGGAUGAUCACUGGGGUCCACUAUCUCACUUAGAAGAGGUGAAGUGA